AAUAAAAUUGCGCUGAAAAUUUACAAUAUUUUAUACAAACCUAAGGUAAAUAAUCAAUGGAGGAGGCUUUUACCGCUAAAGGCGGUCCUUAUGUCAAAAAUAAUAACUAACAAUAUAGGUAUUUUUAUUUAAAAAUAGUGAAAUACUAUCACAUACUAACAAAUACAAUUUAUAAGUAAAUAUCUAAAUGUAUAGAUGCAAGGAAAUAAAGCUAUAAAUAAAUAAAAUAAAAUAAAAAGGUAAAUAGAGAAAUUAUAACACAUGGACUUGAAGAUUGCAGGUUGACUCAAACCAAACAAUAACACAACGGCGUACCGUUAGAGUGUCACUAUUUAGCUUGCUUUGUUCUGUGUCGAAGCAAAACAAAUAUUUAAAUUAUGAACAAGACUUACUAGACAAGAAUGUGACACAUUGAUCUAGUGACACCAAACCAUUUUUACACAGGCGAGGUGUGAAACAUGAUAAUUGACCGAUGAAGGUUCAGCUCCGAAGAAAGUAGUCUCUCGUUUAGUUGAAGUUCAACAGUCAAAGAAGCCUAUCCAUUUUAAUUUAACCGCAGAAACAAUGUUUAUUUUUUAUAUCGGACUUAUUUUGUUUUUGGUGCCCUGUUAUAAUACCAUCGCAUCAAAAUAUUUUAGUGGUAAAAUCGAAUGUGGUCCAUACGGAUUUGUUUGCGAUGGCGUCUCGAGGUUAAGACUUUGUGAGGAAGGAAACGCCUUAGGCCCUGCCUUUCUUUGCCCAACGAAUACAAUUUGCAAUGAAGAUUCUAGUGCUGUUUGUGAAGACGCCAUAAAUUACAUAGACCCAACAGUAAGCAGAAAUGUUCGUUGCUAUCAUAACGAAAGAAUUGCUGACCCCAAUGUGCCAGGCUGCAAGGGAUAUAUCAUGUGCAUUCCGAACAAAAAAAGAUUUCAAGGGAUCCGAUUUAAAUGUUCUGGUAACACAAUAUUUAAUGGAUACACCAGGGCAUGCACUUCGCCCGACAGAUAUAAAUGCCCCCUUGGAAACACAACUAAAACAGAAACGAAAUUAUACGCUGAUGAAAAUCGUAAAUUGAAUUCAAAUCGAAUUGUUGGACAAGGCUUAUCUAGUGGCGUGCGUAGACCAAUUGAAUGUGAAAAUUAUAAGUUUUCAUUGACAGAUGAUCAAGGGCCGGUUCGUGCUGCUUACUUCUGCCCUCAAAGACCAGUCCGAGGAGAAACGACAGUACGAUGUACAGUUUUUUCGAACAAGUUCUGUUUAGCGCUGGAGAGAGAUGAUGGAGAUCAAUUUCUACUAGGUUUUGGUUCCCCAUUCAGAAGACCACGGAAAAACUAAAUAUAAUAAUAUAUUUUACCUUUAAAUUUAAAGACUGAGGCCUUAUAUUUUAUACAGUGGAAAUUAAAUAAAUUAUGUAAAUUUAAUUCAAUUCAUGGUAAAACAGUGCGGAACAGUUUUAAUAUUUAUAAAAACCCCCAAUAACCAUAACAGUGAGACCAAAAAUAAUUUAACAUAAUUUUAUUUUAAUAAAAUAUAUUUAAUAUUA